UCCGGGGUGAGUGAGGCUACCACAGGCGUCUUUUCCCCUAGUGCUCUCCCCGGGGGAACGCAGAGCUUGAGAACAACGCCCAACACAGAAGAGAGCAAUGGCAGCGUAGCCUCAGCUUCUACCACUUCCUCGGGGGUAACACCCAGCCCUACCUCACACGGUAGUAGUACCAUGCACGCUCCCGCCUCAACCACAGUAUCCACAAGUGCUCUCUCCCGCGAGACAAGCAGCCUUCCAACUCGACACAGCUCCCCCGCAGGCCCAAACGGCACAGUAGGCCAUGUGAGUUCCAGCACAGCAUCCGCCAGUACUGCCUCGGCAGAAGCACAACUCUCCCCAAACACGCCCAGCCCGACACGCACUGCACACACCCAUGUACCCCCACACAGCCCCUCCACACAGACCACUUCCGGGGUGAGUGAGGCUACCACAGGCGUCUUUUCCCCUAGUGCUCUCCCCGGGGGAAUGCAGAGCUUGAAAACAACGCACACCACGGAAGUGAGCGACGGGAGGGUAACCUCACGUUCUACCACCUCUUCGGGGGUAACACCCAGCCCUCCCUCACAGGCUAGUAGUACCGUGCACGCUCCCACCUCAACCACAGCAUCAACAAGUGCUCUCUCCCGCGAGACAAGCAGCCUUCCAACUCGACACAGCUCCCCCGCAGGCCCAAACGGCACAGUAGGCCAUGUGAGUUCCAGCACAGCAUCCGCCAGUACUGCCUCGGCAGAAGCACAACUCUCCCCAAACACGCCCAGCCCGACACGCACUGCACACACCCAUGUACCCCCACACAGCACCUACACACAGACCACUUCCGGGGUGAGUGAGGCUACCACAGGCGUCUUUUCCCCAAGUGCUCUCCCAGGGGGAAUGCAGAGCUUGAGAACAACGCACACCACGGAAGUGAGCGACGGAAGCGUAACCUCACAUUCUACCACAUCUUCGGGGGUAACACCCAGCCCUCCCUCACAGGCUAGUAGUACCGUGCACACUCCCACCUCAACCACAGCAUCCACAAGUGCUCUCUCCCGUGAGACAAGCAGCCUUCCAACACUACACAGCUCCACUGCAGGCGCAACCGGCACAUUAGGCUAUGUGAGUUCCAGCACAGCAUCUGCCAUUACUGCCUCGGCGGAAGCAGAACUCUCCCCAACCACACCCAGCCCGACACACACAGCACACACCCAUGCACCCCCACACAGCACCUACACACAGACCACUUCCAGGGUGAGUGAGGCUACCACAGGCGUCUUUUCCCCAAAUGCUCUCCCCGGGGGGACGCAGAGCUUGAGAACAACGCACACCACGGAAGUGAGCGACGGAAGCGUAACCUCACCUUCUACCACAUCUUCGGGGGUAACACCCAGCCCUCCCUCACAGGCUAGUAGUACCGUGCACACUCCCACCUCAACCACAGCAUCCACAAGUGCUCUCUCCCGUGAGACAAGCAGCCUUCCAACACUACACAGCUCCACUGCAGGCGCAACCGGCACAUUAGGCUAUGUGAGUUCCAGCACAGCAUCUGCCAUUACUGCCUCGGCGGAAGCAGAACUCUCCCCAACCAAACCCAGCCCGACACACACAGCACACACCCAUGCACCCCCACACAGCACCUCCACACAGACCACUUCCAGGGUGACUGAUGCUACCACAGGUGUCUUUUCCCCAAGUGCUCUCCCCGGGGGAACGCAGAGCUUCAGAACAACGCCCACCACAGUAGAGAGCGAUGGCAGCUUAGCCUCAGCUUCUACCACCUCCUCGCGGGUAACAACCAGCCCUCCCUCACAGGCUAGUAGUACCGUGCACGCUCCCGCCUCAACCACAGCAUCCACACGUGCUCUCUCCCGUGAGACAAGCAGCCUUCCAACACUACACAGC